AAAAAACAAAAAAAAAAUACCACUUUGGGUGGUUCGAGCGAGACGAGAGAGAAGAAUAGGAGGUGGAGAAAUGAGAGAGGAAGAGCGAAGGGUCGGGUGUGUUAUGAAAGAGGAUUGGGAAAGUGAGAGAAGUAGGGAGAAGCUAGUGUUGGGGUGUAGGAAAGAAGAAGAAUGAUAGAAUGGUUAAAUUACUAUGAUUGAUGGUGCUAAUAACAAUUUAGGUAGUGGGAAUAGUUGUUCUCAACCCGGAGUCCCGAACCUAUCUUUCUUCUCACCCUCACCUCAACGACGGUGCGGUGCGGUGCAGUUCUCUCUCUCAUCGUUCUCUAAUGGCACCGAUUCUAUCAUCAGCCAGUGAUGACAAUCUUGAUCUUCAAGAAGUUAUUUCUAAGGGCUCAUUAGAUUUUGACGAAUGGACUUUACUGAUUUCAGAGAUCGAGAAACUAUAUCCUGAUGACGCAGAGAAAAUAUGUCUGGUUUAUAACCAUUUCUUAUCCAAAUUUCCUUUGUGUCAUGGGUAUUGGAGGAAAUAUGCUGCCCACAUGACACGCUUAUGCACCACAGAUAAGGUUGUUGAAGUAUUUGAAAAAGCUGUUUUAGCAGCAACAUAUUCAGUGGGCAUGUGGGUUGAUUACUGUAGCUUUGGCAUGUCAGCUUUUGAGGACCCAUCUGAUAUUCGGAGGUUGUUCAAGAGAGCCAUUUCCUUUGUUGGGAAGGACUAUUUAUGUCAUAUCUUGUGGGACAAGUAUAUUCACUUUGAGUUUUCCCAGCAGCAGUGGAUUUCUCUUGCUCACAUUUAUAUACAAACUCUUAAGUUCCCAACCAAAAAGUUGCAUCAGUAUUAUGAUAGUUUUAAAAAGUUGCUAACCUUUUUGGAGGAGGGCAUAGCAAGCCUGGAAUUGCAAUCUGAAUCAUGUUUUGAUGGUGAAAUUCCUAUGACUACCUGUUACAAGGAUGACGAGAUUUAUUGCAUUAUCAAUGAUAUCAUGGAUUCAUCUGUUGGAUUGACUAGUUCAAUAGCCCUAAAAAGGUACAGGGUCAUUGGAGAACUGCUUUAUCAUAAAGCUUGUGAGUUGUAUUCGAAAAUUAGUCCUUUUGAGGCUAAUAUUCGAAGACAUUACUUUCAUGUUCGGCCUCUUGAUGCAAAUCAAUUGCAGAAUUGGCAUAAUUAUCUGGAUUUUAUUGAACCUCAAGGGGACUUUGACUGGGCUGUGAAACUUUAUGAGAGAUGCUUGAUUGUGUGUGCCAACUAUCCUGAAUACUGGAUGCGUUAUGUGGACUUCAUGGAAGCCAAGGGAGGAAGAGAAAUUGCAAACUAUUCUUUAGUCCGAGCGACUGAAAUUUAUUUGAAGAAAGUGCCAGAAAUCCAUUUAUUCAAUGCCAGGUUUAAGGAACAAAUAGGAGAUGUUUUAGCUGCUCGUGCUGCAUAUAUUCAGAGUGGUAAAGAGACAGAUUCUGACUUUGUGGAAAAUGUUAUAUCAAAAGCUAAUAUGGAAAAACGUUUGGGAAAUACAGAGUCAGCUUUCAGUAUAUACAAAGAAGCACUAAAAAUGGCAGCAGCAGAGAAAAUGUUACAUGCCCUCCCUAUUUUAUAUGUUCAUUUCUCUCGGCUAAAAUAUUUGAGUACAAACAGUGUGGAUGCUGCCGGAGAUGUCUUAAUUGAUGGUGUCAGAACUUUGCCUCAAAACAAAUUGCUUCUGGAGGAAUUGAUAAAGUUCUUAAUGAUGCAUGGGGGGACAAAGCACAUGGCUGUAAUAGAUUCAAUUAUUGCUGAUACAAUAUCUCCAAGGUCUGAUGGAUCUCAAGGUUUUAGUGCAGAAGAUGCAGAGGAUAUAUCAAACUUAUAUCUAGAGUUUGUGGAUUAUUGUGGAACCAUACAUGAUGUAAGGAAGGCGUGGAAUCGGCACAUAAAAUUAUUUCCAGACUCUGUCCGGACUGCUAAACGUAGAAGAUUGAUUAAUUUGAUGGACAAGAGAGAAGAGGUUUUUGUUGUCAUGCCUAAUCAAGCAUCUAGGGAUUCUAGUUCUGAUUUGGAUGCUGCACAUUUACAUAAAAAAGACAAGAAAGUGUUAUUGCUGAAAUAUUGUGAUAAUCAGUCUGAUGCUACUAAAGAUGAAUUAAUGCUGACAAAAAAUCAUAAUGCUCAGUCUAAUAAUGAUACAGAUACAUGCAAUCUUCAAAUUAUGGAAUCAGAAUACAAAAUAGAAGAAAAUGGGAGAGAAUUACCUCUCCCAAUUUCUGAGGAGCCAAGAGACAAUGAUCCUGAAAAUAAUGUGUCAUCUGCCAAUUUAGUGGAAGUUAAAGAGCGAUCAAUAACCAAGAAUUUAAAAAAUAGUUGUUCUUCUGAAUCUGAUGUUUCAUCAGAGGAAUUAUUACGUCAAACUGCCUGUGGAAACCAAUCCUCGCAAGCUUUGCAAAUACCCUCUAAAGAAAAUACUGCUUUUUCUAAGGGAACGUGUGAGCUUGAGCCUGAAGAAUUUAAGCCGCUUUCUCCGUCAAGCAUAUCAUUAAACCCCCAGGAAAGCACAUGUCCUGAUUCAGGACCGAUGGUGUCUCAGGAGGAGUGUGAUGCAAUUCCGGAAAGCUGCAAGUCAAAUAGUAGAGCAGUAGUUGGUGGUCAUACCACAAAUCAAGACAACUCUGCAAGCACUCAAGAUUCCGAGUCUGCCCAAAUCCCCAUUGAAAUUAACAGUCCAUAUUCAGCACGCCAUCGAGACCAGAGAGCAAGAAAACCACUUCUGCCUCCACGGUCUUCUGGUAAUAGUGGUGGAAACUGGCAUAAAAUGAGAAAUGCUGGUCAAUUUCGUAGAGGUCCCAAAUUUGGCUAUCGGGGAAAUACACAUAGGAAACAGCACCAACGGCAGCAGCUGCCUCCUCAACAGAUUCAUCCCCCUGAAAGGGGUGCACAAAUGGCUGUGGCUCCAGGUUACUCUUCUCAACCUGUAUUGCAAAUCCAGCAAUGCAAUCAAGGACAAAAUCAGUUUCACUCUGCUGCUACUCCUACUGAUUUUGCAGCAGCUAGUUGUUGGUCUAUGCAAAACAUGCAGAUACAGAACACUUCAUCUCAGUCUCAAACACCUGCCAAUGCUACAUCACAUGUAUUACAACAUGCAAUGCAAGGCAAUGAGCGAUAUGGAUAUAUGCAGAAUGACCUAGAAUAUAAUCAGUUAUGGCAAUACUAUCAGCAGCAACAGCAACAGCUGCAACUACAACAACAUUAUAUUCAAUUACAGCAGCAAUCGUUCCAGCAGGGACUGUCACAACAACAGCUCCAACAUAGCCUGCUGGAACCUCUUCAACCACAACAGCUCCAACAACUGGUUCUGCAGCAGCAACAGCAGCAAUACUUUCAACAGCAGCAACCUCUGCAGCAAGAACACCCUGAAAACCUUAUGCAGCAACAGCAGCCAUCAACACAGAGCAGCAGUCAUCCCGUAGCAGACCAAGGGCAGGCAAUAGUGACAUUGCAGGGCCACGGAGCAGUAUUAUCGCAACAAUCAGACAAACUUGGGCCGAUUUCUUCUCCAGUUGUGCACCAUCCUCAAGAGAAAUCUACCCAAGAAGAGUGACAUUUCCCUGGAGAUUUGACAGAAUUUCAGUAGUAAAAUUAAGGAUUUCACGCAAUUAACUUGACCCAAAGACACUUGAUAUACACAUGAAAUUUUUAGCAAAAAGAAAACUUAAAUAUCUUUUUCAUACAUGUAAUAUAAUCCAUUUUGAUUUUACUACCUAAACUUCACUUUUUAAAAAAAAAAAUUAUUUUACUA